AUGAUGCAACUCCGCGCUGCAUCUGCGGGGUUUGACUUCGACAACUGCCUGAUCUAUAUCAAGGACAUGAUGUCUUGUGCUGAUUCGGAGACCUACCUGCGAGGCUUCGGCUAUACCGACAAGCCUCCUGCCACAGAUGGCUAUGAUUCAGGCAUGAAUGCUCAGGACGUGACGGAGCUCAUGACUCAACUCGGACACGAGAAGUUCUACUUGCAUGGUGAAGAUCGAGGGGCAGACUAUGCUGUUGCGGUAGCUGGCCUGUACCGCGAUCGAGUCAUGAAGCUUUCCUUCUGUGAGAUGGUACCAUCUGGGCUAGGUCUUGAAGAGACAUCUUUCUGGACCCCUGAAAACGUCGGGCGUCAGUUUCGCAAAGAAGGAAUUUGGUGCUGGCAUCUCGGUUUCUUCUGGAUUCCACACAUCCCUGAAAUGCUGAUUCAGGGUCAUGAACGAGAGUUCUGGGAAAUGUUCAUCAAGCAAGAGUGCUACAACCCGACAAAGAUUGAACCGAAGGCGUUGGAUCACUGGAUUGACUGUGUCAAGCAGCCAGGCUGUCUGCGUGGCAUAUUAGAGACUUACAGGUCUGGCUUCAAGAAUGGAGAGAUCAACCAACAGAUCGCCAAAAACAAAUUGACACUUCCUAUCAUGACAAUUGGAGCUCCUGAAUUCUUUGGCCCACAAGUCGAAGAGAGCAUGUUGAGGAUGGCUGAAAAGGUCGACCAGGUCGAAAUCUUCGAAGAGUGUGGUCACAGUCUAGCACUCGAAGCUGAAAAUCGCCUAGCCGCUUCCUUGAAGAGGUUCAUGCUCGGCAUCAAGGAUUAA